AUGAUGCUGAUGCAAAUGAACUACGGCCUCAGCAGGCGCUUUGGCGAUAUGAUGAGACUUCAGAUGACCAAUCUUCAGGUUCGAAUACUUGCGGGGGAGGUUCUGAGAUUCUUGGAUCCAAGAAGUAGGACAGAAGAUGAUGAGUCAGGGCCGCCAACUGUGCAUCGGUCCACUGUAGAUUUGAGAGUUGGUGCCAUCGAUGCUUUGCAUUCCUUGACCGAAGCUAGUGAUCAAUCUGUGUUUGCAGUCCACGCACUUGACCCAGCACGGAUUACUGCUCUACUGAAGACGCCACCUUGCGACUGCGGGUGUCGGCUGCCAGCGGACAUUUUGAAGAAGACCUGCCGAAGCUUUUGGAGUCUGCCCAAGCAGAGCCAAGACGCUCUGUUAUGGUUUGUUUCCGGUUCUGAUGCAGCCUUUUCCCGUGAAGAGGAGCACUUGAAAGAGGAGCUUCUCAAAAAACUGAUCCAUCGCAAGCUGACGGGUCCUACGGUGGAAAUUAUGGAAUCGAUGGACCCCACAAAAUUGCCUGUGAGAGAGCUGCCCCCAGGCACAACAGCGUCCCUGUAUGUCAUGUACCUUGCUUUUUGCAAGGACUUCGAUGAGCAUGCCAAGCUUUGCAACCAAUUGCUUUCCCACUACUCAGACCAAUACAAAGAUCGAUUGGUUUACUGGGCGGCAAGGGCUAGAUCGUGGACAGAGGGUGACAUACUAUGCAUGAUAGUUGACUCUUUCGAUAGAUCGAAGUUGCAGCUCCCUGCAUGGCCCCUACGGAGAACCCCGAAGAGAACCGUGUACGAAACAAUCAACAGUGACCUUGAUCAAUUUUUUGCAGAAAAAAGAAAAACAAACAUGGGGAUAGGAUUUGGGCACACGGGAGAAAAUGCUCAGGCCAAACAGUUGGUUUUUAAACAUUGUUUCUCACUCGUGUUGCCGAGGAGCAUCAUUGGUUCUCACGGCGGUUCUUUGCCAUGGAGUUGGAUGUUGGAUGUUUCUAUCCGCCCAGGAAGGGAUGAGUGCUGGUAG